UAAUUUUAAUUUCAAAAUUAGUUUUAGAAUUUUUUUUAAUUUUUUCAAUUUUUUGGAAUGUUAAAGAUCUUUUAAUGUUUAUAGAGAAUUUUUUAUAUUCAAUCAGUACCAAAUAAAAUUAAAUGUGUUAGUAACUCAAUUGAAAGUGCCACUAGCCCAAUGGUAUAAUACCUUGCAAUUUCUCCCAACCAACCCGAGUUCGAAUCCAAUUGUCUACUUCUUUUUAUUUCACUUAACGCCAAAAAUAAACGAUGUCAAAUUUUUCUGUUAAAUUUGCUGACGGCGUGCUAAAUUGACAAGUCAACGAAAACAUUGUUAAUUAAUUCUAAAGUCAAUGAAAGUUUUGUGUUUUUUUUAUCAGCUCAAAAGUUCAUGUUUCUUUUGGCAAUUCCUGCAAAGUUCGUGUUUUUUUAGCCGAAUUUUCUAACUUAAGCCGAUAAGUGGAUGAAUUUAGGCACCAAAUGACAUAUCUGGCCUCUAAAUGAAUUCAAAAGACACCUCAAAAUCUCAAAUGUUUUUAAACAAGUAAAAUUAUGAGCAUAUCAGAUAUUUAUUUAAGCUAAUAUUUUUUAAAGACAAUAUAUUAAUAGUGUCCGGUGUUAUGAGUAUUGUAGCACAAAAUUUGCUGAAGUUUUCUACAUUCAUAACAAAAUGGUAUGACUAUAGAUGUCCAAUUUAAAAGUUGUUUAUGCAAAAAUUACCAAAAUGAGUGUUUUAGUGUCCCUAAUGAAAAUUACUUUAGGUUUUAAUGGCUACGUAUGAAUCUGCUAGCUUACUUUAUUUUGCUAAGAGAAUCUGUUAGCUUACUUUUCUUCUUUUUAGCUAUUUAUCUGCACCUCUAAUAUUUGUGAUGAUCUCACCAAAUUUCUUGAAAUCAAAAGUAAAUUUGUGUUGGCUAUUUUUCUCUUCUUAUGACAUGCUGAAGGAGGCGGAGUUGUUGAAACAUGUCUUAAUUUAGAAAGUAUUAUUUAUUUUGUUUGUUUUUAAUGGGCUUUUACAAUUGAUAUGUGGAUUUAGAUUAAUGUUAUUUGGACUGAACGAUAAAAAGUUAGCCCACUUCACAUUUUUCUUCUCACCUUAGAUUGAUAUGUCAGUUAUCCUCAUUUUCAUUUUAGUUACUUAUAAAUAAAUAUCUAAAUAAAACAAAGUUCUAAAUACAAAAUUAACGUAGCAGAACUUAAUUUUGUGAGAAAAUUGACAGUUUUUAAGAAAUGGAAAAGUUGAAAAUAUUUUUCUAAAAUAUCUCAAAUCUAAAAUUUAAAAUACAUAUCUAAAAAAUAAGAAAUGGAAAAAUGAGCCAAAACAUUGAAAAUGUCCGGAACAAAAAAUAGGAAAGACACGAGUGGAUGGCUAAUAUAUGCAUAGUUUUCAGUGUAUCUCAUAGACUAAUAUAACACAAAGGAUUGAGUAGUAUAAGUUGUUUAGAUUUGAGUGAAUAAUGAAUGGUACGAGAGAAAGUUGACAUCCAAUAAACAAUGGUGUUGUUAAAGAGAAAAGUGACUACAUAGUUGCACAAAAAGUUUGGUGUAAAUGAAGACCAAUUGUGAUUAAAAUGAUAUAUAUGGUAGAUUUUGGAUCUCAUGGAAGAUGAACACACGGUACAGUUCGUCCAUUAUGAAUAGAAGAUAGCAACUAGACACAAAUCUAAUGGAAAAGACCAUGAUGUUGAAUAUACAAUUCUAAUAAAAAAUCUUUAAAAAAAAUCAGAUAAUUAAAACUUAUGAAAACUAAAUGAAAAUGUGGAAACAAAAACCUAUAUAUUUUCUAAAUAAAAUAAGACAAGUAUGCUAAAAAAAUGAAAAUGAGGCAGUUUUAAAUAUUGAUUAUAAAUAUAACAAUUAAUUUGAAUAUUUAAUUAAAUUUCAUAAAAUAUACUUUAAAAAGUUUUAAUCAAAUUAUAAUAGUCAGAUAGCUAGAGAUUUUUUUUUGUUUUUGUGGUCAAACUAAUAAUAGAAAAUCCAUAAGCAUAUUAAACCAUGUAAUGUAAUGUCCUGUUAUCGCAUUCCAAAAACGGUUACAAAGAAGCUAACGAAUGCGGUGCCACAAUUUAUUAUCAGAUUUGGAUACUCUCUUUUUACAACCGAAAAGUAAGUUGACGUUGACAAUGAAAAGGAACUAGCCAGUAAACUUAUUUACGUAAAAAUGUUAUAUAUUUUGAUUAAAGAGACAAUUAACCUUCAAAGUUAAUCAACAUUUAGUCUAGUGAAUAAUUGUAUAAAUUUCAAAAGAAACAUUUAGUCUAGUGGCCGAUUUGUGUCUCACGGAGGAAACUAUCACUACGAAUAAACUGAAUAUUUUAUAUGCCGUCAACCAAAAUUAUAGUGUCAUUUUUUGGGGGUAAAAUAUAAAGUGUCAUUUUUGUUUAUUUUAUUUGCCUUUUGUCGCAUAAUGUCAUUUAUAUCGAACAUUGUCGAGUUUUAAAGAUAUGUUAAUGGCCAUUGCCAUUCAAGACAUGUGGGAUAUAAUACAGUCGACGGAGUAGGCAGGGGCGGCUUAAGUGCGAGGGCGAGCACUGAGCAGAACGAUGGCCCCAUGCCCCACACAUAAAAGGGGUCCACUACAAAAUUAUUUGUAGUAUUAUAUAAUAUUCAAGUUAUUUUGAUAUUUUCAUUUUAGUUUAAUUUAGAACUUAGAAGUGUAGUGGCUAAGUUAAAAAGCCAACCAAAAACACAUAAAAUUGAUCGGAUCAAAAUAGUGGACCAAAAGCUGAAACGAGUCUACUUACAAUAAACAAGAGACUAAUGUAUAUAACUUUGUAAUGAUAAUGUUGCUUUUAUUUGCUGUACUUUUUGGGUUUGCAUAUUUUUUACCGUUCAGAUUCAUAUUACUAAAUUCAUAUAUUAUUUUUUCUUUUAAGUUGAAUAUUCAGUCAUAAAAGAAUUUAUUAAGUAAAUUUGUGAUAUACUAAGUGCCAAUGAAUUUUCAAAAUUCAAAGUAAAUAAAUUUUCUCAGUUGAUAAUAAAUUCAGUUUUUGUUGGAUUUAAACUAAAAAUGAUAAUAAUAUUUACUUGAAUGAAAUGAUUUCAUGUUAAGCAUUUGCUUUUUGGUUGUUUAAUAAACUAAAACUUUUUUGGUUUAGGGGGGUCAUUUUAAAAAAUUUAUCCCAAGGGCCUAUAGGUUAUGUUAAAACCGGCCCUGGGUUGUAGGUGCCAAAAUAACAAAACGACAAAAAGUUCCUGUCUCUGCACCUCCUGUUCGGAGGACAAUGCGUGAUAGCAACAUCCAGAGAUGGUAUCAAACAUAUAAAACAGAUAUUUGAAUUUGUCAUCUGAGGAAAGCAUGUUUACACGUACGAUGUUACUAUUAUGCCUACAACUCUUGCGGGUGUAAAGAGCCAAUUGGUUUUCACUCACUGGCUACAAAAAUAGGGACCAUGAUUAGUCUUUGUCUUUUUAAACAAUGGUUGGGACCAUGAAUAGUUCUAGUUAUCAUGGGAUCCAUACCAUAAGUUUCAUUAAAUAGGAGCGGAGUGAUCAAUAUUCGUAAAAUAUAGAAAAUAGUUAUACAAAAUAACUCAAAUAAACCAUUUAAGAUAGCAUGGACAUGAAUAUUUGUGGAAGAAAAGCGGCCAAGGUCAUUCUCUUCGCAUCCUGGGCCACAAAAUCAUACAUUUUAUGCAAAUGCUAUUUAAUUUGAUAGUUUUAACAAGUUUGAAUUAACGUCUCUAAUUUUUUUAAAAAAAAUUGUGUAGAAACUCAUAUAUUUAAAAGCUGUAGAAACAAUGAAUCCAAAUCUAAACAUCAUAUAGUUUUCACUUUGUUUAUUGAGUGGAGAACCACAUCUCUAUUAUGUUUGUAUAUCAUCCCCCUGUGAGCUCCGAUCGAUGGUCUUCUAUUUUGAACUUGUUUAUCAAUUGAGUGAUAGUCGUGAACCGAGCUGAGGAGGAUCACCAUGUCGCAGACUAUUUAUUUUUCUCCAAAUGGUAUGUUAGGUAGUCCGAAACACAUAGCAAAAUAGGAAAAUGCCUGUUUUUCUCGAGAUCUAUCUGUCACCAUUUUCAAUGAUGUGCCUCCAUUGAUUUGUGUAAUUAUUACCAAGAAGGUUGAUAGUUAACGGCUUCCAAACUUCCUCCAAGAAAAUGCACUCAAGGAACAAAUGGUCUCUUGUUUCUACUAAUGCAUUGCAAAAAUGUAUGAUGCAUCAACCUGAUGUUUCAUGCAUUUGUUUAUAAAUCACUUAAACUCAGACAUUGGUUAGAUAACUUUUUCACAAAAGAAGAAUAAUAUAAUAGUAAAAGAUUAAGAGGGGAAGUUUAAGAAAUUUGUUAAACAUUAAAAUGGUAAUUUUAACAGUUCAAUAAUAAUAAUAUUAAGCACAGUGAUUUGAAAUGAUUUAUUGAUAAUAUAUACUUGAAUUCACAUGAGUAAGUUUAACAAAAUGGUAGAUAAGAACUAUUUUGAAUGUUAGUUUGUUUCUAUGUUCUCAAAUUUUAAUAUGUUUUUUAAUUAUUAUGUAAAAGUAAAUUUACAUAAGUUUAUUUCUAUAACUUUAAAGAAAAGAAAGUAUAUUUCAUAUUUAAUAUUACGGUAUGAAAUAUAUCAUGAAAUAAAAUGUAUUCUUAUUAAUUACAAAUAUCCACCUAAAUUAAAAAAGAACAUCAUUAAAAUUCUAAUUUAUCAUAUAUAGGUAUAAACAAUUAAAGGAAAUAAUGAAUAAUGUGAUAAUAAUCAUUUACUUUAACUAAACUAUAACUUUAAUAUUGCACCUCCACUGGUUUAACACCAAUCGAUAACUAUAAGGAAUGAUGGGGAACAUCAGAAAAUUAUUUUGAUACGUGGAAGACUAGUCAAUCUUGAGAUGUGUAACAAGUAAAGGAAAUUUAAAGGUAAGAAAUCAAGCUUCAAUUCCAAACAAUAUGGUGAAUCUUACUAUUCCAAACAAUUUGAUCUUAAGAAGAAGAUGCAUGGUGUAAUGGUGACAAAGCAGAAAAAGUAUUGAAGGAUAAAAAAACAAAACAAAAAGAUUUAGUGUUACGAGCAAUCAUUUUCAUAAGAUAUUAGCCUUAAAGAAAAAAAACAAAAAUGAGAAAAUAAUUUAGAAAAACAAACCAACGACGACCAUAUGAUAUCCACUCGUUUAAUAAUAAACACUACACAGUUGAUCAGUAUUCACACGUGUAUUAGAUAUUUUGUCCCGUUCUUACAACAAAAAAAAGAGUUUAUAACGUACAAACUUUCAGAUAGCUUCUAUAAUUUUCCAUGCACAACACUUCCUUUCAAAGACUAAUCCACGAUGGAUAGCUUAAAUACAAACGUCACCGCAUCAAUGAUCGACGCUCUCAUGAGCUCUCCCUCUUCCGGUUUCUGGCCGCCACAAUCUCCGGCGAAUCCCAGCCCAGACAGUGCUCUCCAGAAGCGGUUACAAGCUGUGUUAAAUGGCACCCACGAGGCUUGGACCUACGCCAUUUUCUGGACACCGUCGUACUACGACUAUUCCGGCGAGUCGGUGCUCAAAUGGGGCGAUGGAAUUUAUAAAGGCGAAGAAGCUGAUAAUACUCGGCGGAGGAGGAGGAGGAUGACUGUGGCGGAGAGAGAGCACUGGAGUAUCAUUUUGCCGGAGCUUAGCUCGAUGAUCUCCGACGAAGAUGUGCCGGUGAUAGACGGCGAAGGUGGCGUGGAAGUGUCGGAUACGGAGUGGUUUUAUAUGGUUUCAAUGACGGUUAGCUUUGGUAGUGAGACCGGGUUACCCGGUAAGGCGUUUGCUACGUAUAAACCAGUUUGGGUUACCGGGUCGGAUCCUAUAUUGGCGUCGGGUUGUGAUCGUGCUAAAAAGGGUGGGGAUUCAGGGUUGCAAACCAUCGUAUGUAUUCCUUUGGAUAACGGAGUGUUGGAGCUUGGAUCCACGGUUGAGAUCCAGCAAAACCCGGAUCUUUUUAAUAAGAUCCGAGUCGUUUUUAGUUUCGAAGGAUCCAGAGAUUUCUUGGGUGACCCGAAUUCGAACUCCUUCCAGCCUUUCUCAACUCAUUUAGAGAAUGGUGGUGGUUCAACUACCGUAACCGUCAAUGCUAACCUGUAUCCGAAUCCGGUUUAUCCGCAAACCGUAAAUUACGCGACUUCCCCGUUAGAGAGAGCUCUACAUAGUCCGAACAGGAAUUAUCCCCAUCAGAUACCGAUAGACAACGGUGAACUCUUACAUUCCGCCGGGGACAUUGAUGGUUCUGAUCACUCUGACAUAGAAGCCACGGUGGUUCCGGGAAACAAACAGAAAAAGAAACGCGGGAGAAAACUUGCAAACGGUAGGAAAGAGCCGUUGAAUCACGUACAAGCGGAGCGGUUGAGACGCGAGAAGCUAAACCAGCGAUUCUACGCGUUACGAGCGACUGUGCCAAACGUAUCAAAGAUGGACAAAGCGUCGUUGCUAGGAGACGCGAUUAGUUACAUUAAGGAGCUGAAAUCGAGAGCAGAAAACGCGGAAUCUGAGAGAAACGCGAUUCAAAUACAGCUCAACAAACUCAAAGAGGAGAUGGCGGGAAGAAACGUGGUCUGUAGGGGCGGGGAAAACGCAUCGGAGAUUGAAACGGCUAAUAUCGACGUGAAGAUUCUUGGAUGCGAUGCGAUGGUUAGGCUGGAAUCAAGCAAGAGAAAUCAUCCUGCAGCGAGACUGAUGAAUGCGUUUAUGGAUUUGGAUGUUGAGUUGAAUCAUGCUAGCAUUUCGGUGAUUCAUGAUCUUAUGAUUCAACAAGCUACGGUGAAGAUGGGAUCGAGAAUGUACACGCAAGACCAGCUUCAGGCCAUGUUGGUCUCCAAAAUUAAUUAGGGAUAUGUUUUUGAGAGUUCUGUGAAUCUUAUCGUGAAUUAUCAGAUGUUGGAUUAGAUUCUGUCUAUUUAUUAGCAAAAUCUCUGGCAAACCCUAAACUCUCAACAUUGGUACGUAAGAUUAUAUUUAUAUGGUUUAAAAGAUCGAGUUUGGGUUUCAA